AUGUUGCGAAAAAGACACGGCUGGACAAAUGAUGGCUUUGGGCUCGAAUUCCAUUUAGAGGGCUUUAUGAUGAUCAUUCGUGAUAUUGAAAAUUUGCUCUGCCAGAUUCAAUCAAGUACGGUUUCGUCCAGUGUCACCCACACAUUAGCACCAUUACGCGUACCAAGCAUUGAUUUCGCUUCCGACGAUGCUACAGUCACUAUGGAAGGCAGUUAUUCUUAUGCCGACUGGAUGAUCGAUCGAUCCUUUGUCUCAACAAAUAAUAGACCAGUUGAAAAUUUCAUUGAUUGUGUUCGUCAUAGAAUGGAAUUUAGUAACAAUUUUGGAAAAACGGCUGCAUCAAAUGAUGAAUCAUCAAGCGAUUCAGAAAGCGAGCUGACAGCAAGUUAUCAUAGUGAUAUAUAUUUUGAUACAAGUGAAUCCGAUAUUUUCCAUAAAUUCGAUAUACUCAUUCAUCUAACAGAUAAUUCAAACUUACCAGCAAAAACAGAACUAUUCCGUUUGUUGCUUGAGCGGCGAUGUGCCGUUCCACUUCUCACUCCAAAUACAAGUAGAAAACAUAAGCAACCGUUUCAAUAUCAUAUCGAUGCUUUGAAUUCAAUUUUUAUAAAUGUGACAAAUCACGAGACGGUGUGUCUCGCCAAAUCGACCGGAAUGCACCGUAUCUUCAUAAUUUCUAAACGACCAAUACAUGAAAGUGAAACAGCUGUUUUAAUGUCAUUAACCUUUCAUUGUCAGUCAAUUGAAUGCCUAAAAGGAACGAGUAAUCCUCAACUAGUAAUAGCCGAAAUGGGUCUAGGUUUUAUUGAUAACAGCUCUGCUAUUCUCAUACGCAUUGUUGGUGACUACACAAGGCUAAUGCCAUAUAUUAUGGAUAGUGCGAAUAUUCUUAUUGUUGAACAAGAUCCAUCUAUGUCUUCCACAUCUGAUAUACCCAAAUUGUCUAGCGAAAACUGUAUGAUUAUUGUGUGGAACGUUGCUGUAACUUAUAGUGGAAGCAAAAAAUCAAAAGACAAUGUCAUUGUGUUUACUGGCCCUGUUAAUGGCGUAAUUGAAAAAGUUCGGAAAAAAUGUGGUCGUUUCCUUAAUAAACAGUCAAAUAUUAACCAAAAAUGUUUAGCAGAAAUGGACGGUAACAAUCUGUACUACCGUCCGUCAAAGUCUCUGAUUAAAAUUAAUCAUAUCAUACAGCGUCAGAAUUAUAGUAAUUUACGUAGUCAUAAAUUAUUAUUACAAAAAAGUUUUUAUACUGAGGCCAUAGAACGAAUUGCAUUGAAUCGUACAAAAAAUAAUCCAUCACAACAAAGAGCAUUUGAAAGUAAAAUUUAUGACGAACAACA